AGGUGUCAUCAUUGCCCCACGAGCUACAGCGCAUGCUCUCACUCAUGCGGGAGCUGGACGGCCGAUGCCAAGCGCUGCGCAUGGAGAUUCAGAGUGACAUCCGGGCGGGGCUCACGGCCAUAGAGGAGAGGGAGGCGGCCCUCAGAGCGGCUGAUGCUGGCCCACCUGGCCAUGGGGAUGGGGAUGGGGAUGGGGAGGGGGAUGAGAGUGGGGGGGACGACGACGAUGCUGCUAGUGAGGGCGAUGCUGACGAUGAUGGGAAUGGGGAGGACGGCAGUGAGGGAGGUAAUGUGACGGUUGGCGCUGCUGUUGCUGAUGGUGGGUCUAACGGUGCCGCUGAUGGUGCUACUCAUGGGUGCAGUCAAGGCACGGCACGCGAUGAGGCCUAUGGGCUGUCAACACAGGUGGAAGAGGAGGUGGAGGGAGGGGGGAGGAAGAGCAUCGGGAAGAAAAGGCCACGAGCACAGCAACACCAGGUGGGGCAGCAGCAGCAGCAGCAGCAGCAGCAGCAGCAGCAGCAGCAGCAGCAGCAGCAGCAGGUGGGGUUACAGCAGGAGGAGGAGGAAAGAAAGGGCGAGGCUGUGGUUGUAAAGGCAGAACUUUCCACUAUGACAGAGAGAGUGACAGGGGCAGCUGUGACCGAUGUGAUUCGUGCGUCUGCAGAGAGGGUGGCAGGGGGAUUGGAGGAGGAGGGGGCGGGGAGGGAUGGGCGGGAUGAUGUCGAUGGUGACGUCAGCGAUGAGAGGGAAGCUGCUCUGCGGAGGCUGAGGGAGGAAAUUUCCGAGAAGCAGGGGAAGAUGCGGGCAUUGUGUGAUGAGAAGGUCAUUCUGGCGCAGCAAGUGAGCGCGCUGGUGAGUGUGUGGCGCAUCGUGUGCAUGUUCAGUGGGGUGUGCAGCCAUCGUGUGCAUGUUCAGUGGGGUGUGCAGCCAUCGUCAGCCCGCCAAUGA